AUGGCUAUGCGAUCAAAUAUUCGAUCGGGUGUUCGUCCGGCAGCUACAACUAAUAUGAGCUAUGGCGCAACAAAUAAUCGUACUUCAGCGAAAACAACGGCUAGUAGCGGAUCCAUGGGCCGAUCACAGCCUGUUGCUCGAGGAGCCGGUGGUCGAUUUGAAGAUCAAUCGCCACCUCGUAACGCUGGCCGAUCACAGAAGCCAGCAGGUGGUGGAGCAGGUUAUGGUGAAUAUGAUUAUUUGUAUAAGAAUGCUCCUGGAGGCAGUGGCGGCCCACCAGCUAUGCCCAAAUUUGUUAUGUGUUAUAUUUGCGGACGAAAAUAUGGUACACAAUCGAUUGAAAUUCAUGAACCUCAAUGUCUAGAGAAAUGGCAUAUUGAAAACGCUAAACUACCUCCAAACUUACGACGACCAGCUCCGCGCAAGCCUGACAUUCAUAUAGGCUCAAAAGGAAGUUAUUCAAUUGAUGAAAUCAAUGAUGCAGCAUAUGAAGCAUCUAAAGCACAGCUUGUUCCAUGUGAGAAUUGUGGCCGAAAAUUUGCUUCAGAUCGCAUACAAGUUCAUCAACGUAGUUGUAGACCUGGUAAUGCUGCUAAACCUAUUGGUGCACCUGCUGGUCCUGGCGGACGGAUGUCGGAGCGCGGGAUUCCAACACGCGGAAAUGCUUCGUAUGAUGAUUUGGAUGACGCACCGAUUGGUUCAACAAAGCGCGGCGGUGGUAUGGCUCCGCCUUUUGAAACUGGUUCGUCAAGCAGUGCAGGUCUAUAUCCAUGUUCGAUAUGUAAUCGAACAUUUGCCAGCGAUCGUAUUCAACAACAUGAAGAUGCAUGUAAACGAGCUCAUAAGCAACGAAAAGUAUUCGACUCGACGAAACAAAGAGUACAAGGAACAGAAGCAGCAGCAUUUUUCCGCAAAGGCGGCAAAGGCCGAUCUCAGCCAAGUAAACCUCAAAUUCCAAAAUCUAAUUGGAGACAAAAACAUAAUGAUUUUAUCCAAGCUAUACGCUACGCUAAACAAGCCUCUCACCAUGAAAAAUCAGGUGGCCGUUUGGCUGAUUUACCUCCCCCACCAACUUCCGUUAAUCCAGAUUAUGUUCAAUGUCCUCAUUGCGGUCGAAACUACGCUCCAAAUGUUGCCGAACGACAUAUACCGAAAUGUGCCAAUAUCAUAGCCAAGCCAAAACCUCCUCCAGGUUUGAACCGUAUGGGAACACAGCAACGUAUGGGCGGUGGCGGCGCUGGUGCCAGCUUCGGUACUAGCACUCGUUCAGGUGCAUCUGGUUACGGUGCCUCCUCAGGUUUUGGUAAUAUGCGCACAGGUGUGUCAGGUUAUGGCGGCUCCUCAGGGGGUGGCGGCGGUUACGGCAAUAAUGCUGCAUUUCCAGCGCCAAAUCGAUCGACACGUGGUGGUCGCUUUUAA